AUGGGUGGCAAUGCUGAGGAGCACCAUAUGGCUUUUGGGAAUAAAGAAAGAGUGCAUUUUCUGCAACUCAAGGGUGUGACACUGAUCUACCUUGCUAACGUUCCUCACUCGAUGGAGAUACUGACGGUUCCGGGCGAGAUGGCUCAGUGGUUAGGGCGUGAAUUUAUUGACCGUGAGGUCCGUGGUUCGAACCCGAGCUCUGUCUCUCAACUCCCCCUUUUUAGGCUGGCGGUUUCCCAAACUUCGUGCUUCCUUCUGGUGGCACGGCAGUUAGGCACCGAAAGGGUGCUGAGGCUGAACGGCUUCUAUUUUUUCAAAUUUCCAUUGACAGGUCCAACCGAUAAAAAAAUCAAACGAUCUUCUUUCAAAUUUCGUCCGGCACCUUCCUAUCUCUAUUCAACCGAUUGCCAGGACUUGCACCAUCUUCUGCUGCAAGUGGUUACUUGA